UGGCAUAUAAGCCCCCUUGGAGUCGUUGGAUAGCAUCACUUGCCUAGUGCUUUCGUUCGGACAACAUCUAGAGUUCUACAGUCAGUGAUUCUAGCGAUAUUCAGGAUUAUUGUUUCGUCUUGUGACGGUUCUAUCGAGGAUAGCUUUUCAAUAUUUCGACACAAUGUGUGAAGCUUCUCGAAUCAACAUGAUGCUUGACUUCGACGACUGCGAGAUGGAGGCAGCCGACAUCUUCCUCAACAGUCCCGGCUCGGGGACGUCUGGCUACAUCAGCAUCGACGACGACACCAAUCACAGUCUCGGUGAUUUCAGCAAGUCCGAGGAAAUGGACUUUGGCCUGUGCCCCUUGGAGUCACUGCCCAACCAGUCGCUCACGCAGAACGGCAGGGACUUCUCCAUCAGAACCCCACUACGACGAUGCAACUCCCUUGACAUGAGGAAGAAGUUGUUCCAGAGCCAGAACACCUCCCCCUACGACGCUGAAUGUCGUCCCGCACGCAGACCCACCAAGAUGAGGAGGCUUAGAUUGUCGGGCGAAGAGAACGCCAUUCCCGAGCAGAUGCCUUCUCCCGCACCCCCUUCGCACGAACAGCUCAGGAUCCAGGCAGCAGUUGAACGUCUGGAGAGUGCUGAACUUAUCGCUGAUGGAAGCAAGACAUACGCCCUGCCUCUUCAGCAAGGAAAACACAAGGAUCUCAAAGCUGUGUCCCCAUCAACAAUUGCCCACCUCAUCUGUGGCCACUACGCCGACACCGUCGACGAGUACGCCAUCAUCGACUGCAGAUAUCCUUACGAGUACGAAGGAGGUCACAUCACUGGUGCUGUCAACAUGUACACGUAUGACCAGAUCAACGAACUCCUUGAGGAGACAACAAAGAUGGGCCCGUCCAACAAACGCCGUGUCCUCGUCUUCCACUGCGAGUUCUCAUCCAAGAGAGGCCCUUCUCUAUUGCGUUUUCUUCGCUCUCAAGACCGUAAUAUGAACUCUGAGCACUACCCAAAGCUGUUCUACCCAGAAAUCUACAUCUUGGAGGGAGGUUACAAGGCUUACUUCGAGCAACACAAGAACCUGUGCGAACCUCACGCCUACACCCCAAUGUUGCACGAGGACUACUCCUCCGACCUACGUCACUUCCGCACCAAGGCCAAGUCCUGGACCGCCGGCGAGAAGAAACGAACACGUUGUCUCCGCUUCUAGGCACAAUCCAUUGUUAUUGUUUUUACCAUUGUUGACUAUUUAUAAAUAUGUAAAUAUAUGUGUGAGAGAAAGCGAGACGGAUGAAUUGUUUUAUACAUAGUGUAUAUACAACGUAAUAUAUGAAGGGAUAAAUUAUCUAAUUUAUUUUAAAGCUAUGUAUGAUCGGAAAACAUUUUAAAUGUUUUAACUUAAACCCUUGUGGGGAUCGAAAACCAAAAAAGAUUGCAAUUUAUGUUUUAAUGCAAGGUGAUGCUUGAAAUGUCAACAUAUGCAUCUAAGUUUCUGUGAAACGUCAAAUGAUGCCGAGGAGAGCAAAAUAUUGUAUUGACGCCUGUAAUGCAGGUUAAAUCCCACAACUGUCUGUACAGCUAUGUAUAUUUAUGCUAUGUCCACGGACUUGAACCAAUUGAUGCAAUAAACGCCCCCUGCUAGUGCUACGGCAAAUAUA